AACCUUUUUUUGCUCCCUUCAAUAUUCUAAUACAUUAGGUAAUGACAAAUAAAAACGGCGUGAGGAUUUUACUCUAAAUAUUAAAAUCUGGAUCGGUAUCCUGCAAUGAGCCAGAUUGGUGAAGAAUGCUCAACCUCCUAUGAUUAGUAUAGGUAGAUAGAUAAGUCCUCUCGGGUCGUUGCCGAGCAUUAAGACAUUUACACACUGAUCGAAGUACGAACAGAGUCAGAUGUCGACUCUAUUGGAAUUUGUGUAGUUUCCGCGAUGCAUUCAAAUCUAGAUUCCAGAACAUUCGCACAAAUAAGAACGUAAAUAUCAACUUUAUUAUUAGACUAUUCCAUCAUAAAGUGGGAAGACUUAUAACAAUGGAAUAAAGUCUAAAACGCUAUGGCAGGAUAUUUUAUAGGAUUAAUUAGUGUAAAUUAAGUAAUAGACAGGGGAGAUGCAUCGGUCUAAUACGCUAAUUGUCACACGUUUUAGUAGCACGUCGACCUGUGAUCAUAUGACACCUAUAAAAGUCUUAUUAUUAUUUUGAAAAUGAAGUUUAAAGUAUUCAGUUUAACUCAGGUCACUUACAUAAUAUUAUUCCUUAAAUUUUGCUCCUGUGAAUUUGAGGUCUGCAACCGAAGUCCUUUAGGUACAAACACACAGCCUCUGCCCCCGGACAACAGGUUCUUAAUUGACAUUGAUGAUAUCAGAGAUAAUAUGUAUAUACCGAAGGAGGAAUAUACAGUUCGCCUUUAUUCGCGGGAUGGCGUCUCUACAUUCAUUGCCUUCACGAUAUCACUUCAAGGUGACACAGCUGCAAAUAAGAACAACCCCAGAAAGCCAAUCCCGCUAAAAGCUGGGACUUUGGAACCGUUUUCGAGUGACUCAUUCUUUCAUCCUGCCUGUAACAACACUAUUAUACAAUCAGACAUCACACCGAAGACUUCAGUUCAGGCAAAAUGGACAGCUCCUGAAAAGGACAAUAAAUGCGUCACAAUAUACGCGGUGGUUGCUGUAAAACCUGAUGUGUGGUACAGUUUCGAAGGUCCUCUGUCAAAACGUAUCUGUGAGGACAGAAGGAAGGCAGAUGAUAUGCAGCCCAUGGAAAACGAUAACUGUCAGGUUUGUGAGGAUGCUAGGUACCAGUUGACAUUCGAAGGGUUGUGGUCGUACAACACACAUCCGGCCAUGUUCCCAACAGCUAGAGAACUGGCGCGUUUCAGCGAUGUCGUAGGAGCCUCUCACAGUAAAGACUUCAGUCUUUUCAAAUACAACUCUGACUCUACAGCUGGAUUGCAACUAUUAGCAGAGCAAGGCAACACGACCAAUUUGGAAAUAGAAAUCUAUGAACAGCUAGGUGUUCAUGUCCGGACUAUACUGAAGGCUACAGCACCACCUCGCCCUAACAUGAACACAUUAACAACCUUCAGAGCGAGCAGGAAACAUCACAUGGUGUCCCUGGCCACUGCUAUCGUACCCUCCCCUGAUUGGUUUCUCGGUGUUGCAAACUUGGAGCUCUGUGAUGCAAAGACUAACGAAUGGGCGAAAAACAUCACCUUCAAUUUGUAUCCUAUGGACGCCGGAACUGAUAGUGGGAAGAAAUUUGACUCGUCAAACGAAGCAACAGCUCCAGCUCAGCCGAUUUCUUCAGCGAUUAUAGCACCGGAGAUUCCUAAGGAGCUGGUGAAACCGUUCGCUAGAUUGCGGUUUCAUUUGGUCCGCACCUAUUACAACCCUAACUGCUCCGACGAACCUGCGGUGACUCAAGAACCAGAAGGUGAAGGUGAUGAAGAUAGUGAUGAAAACCCAGGAGAAGACGAGCGGCAAACCGUUCCAAAAUACGAGUAUCGACCUCCUACACAGCCAACUACAACCACAAGUGAGGAACCAACGUCAGUUGAUCCUGAUUCGCCGCCAAAUUGCUCCGUCACACCUUGGGGCGAAUGGCAAACGUGCGAAGGUAUAUGCACUGAUAAUAAGGUGGAAGGAUACAAGAUUCGGUUCAGAAGUCACGUCGGGGAUCCGUCACCUGAAUGUUCCAAGUUGGCUCUUACGGAUACUUCACCUUGUGAAGAGGAGUGUGAGGAAGAGGUGCUAGAAGAAUACGUGGAAGAAGAAGAAGAAUAGAAUUACUAAAUAAAAAGUAUAUUAAGUUUAUGCCUACCUAGUAACACUUGUUUAUAAAAAAGUGUGGAUGGAAGUAACUGGUCAAUUUUAUUAAUUUUGUACCUUAGUAGUAAAGCGUACAAUUACAUAUAAAAAUAUAUUUAUUAAUCUGAUAUUUUGUGGUUAUUUUAUGUAGGACUGAACCUUUAGACUCAUAAAAACUUUUUACAAAUCUAAAAUUAUAAAUCAUAAUAAUAGAAAUUUAUGCUUUUCAAAAUGAAGUAAGUUAAAA